CAAUAUAUGCAAAGAAAUAAAACAAAAUUAUUUCCGAAAAAACGUCAGCCCACAAAGACAAUGACUGAAAAAUAUACUUCUGAGUUAUUGGGUGUUGUUAUAGCCCAAAUAGCGCAAACUAUUGGAUAUAGUAGAACCCAGAGUGCGCCGCUAGAACUUCUAGAGGACAUUUUACUACGUUUUAUCCAAGAACUUGCACGGGACCUACACAGCCAAGCCGAGCAUGCAAAUCGCAUUGAGCCAAAUUUGAAGGAUGCAGUGCUGAGCCUAAGAAAUGUUAACAUUAACGUACCCGAACUACUAGAUUAUAUUGGAAAUGUGGAGCCAAUGCCAUUCGUUCGCGAUAUACCAGCAUUUCCAGUAAAGCGAUAUUCAAACAUGAACUUCCUAAAACCCGGCAGUGCAGAGACUCUUACGAGACCCGUUCACAUAUUUGAAUACCUACCACCGAUGUUGCCCACAGAACCAACGCCAACAAUCUCCUGUUCCAACUCUUCCUCCUCAAUCAGCUGGCCAGAGAAGUCGGAAAGCGAACAGCUUCAACUAUGUAAAUUAGAAUCAAAUAGAGAGCUUACAACAACAAAGCUAAUUCAAGCUGUAAUAAACGACUUUCCUUCUGCGGCAGCUGUCGUCGGUGGUAUAUCGAAGUUGUCCAGUCUAAAAUCAUCCUCUACUGACAACUUGGAUCAUGAUGGUCAUGCAAUACGAGAAAUCAGUAGCGUCGUUAUGACGACGGGAGGGUUCAUAUCGCCGGCGAUUGAGGGAAAAUUACCAGAAGCUUACGUACCAGACAUUAUUGGUGAGUACACAGACAAUUGUAAACAACAUCAAUAACAAGUAUGAAGGCUC